AUGCUUUCCGGGCCGUCUACUGCAAGGGCCAGUGGUCCGCACGCGCGGCAUCUGCUGUGGCCGACAGUGUCUCGCUCUGGAGGCUUGCGACCAGUUUGCGGAGCUACGGGCUCGAUAUCCUCGCGACGAAACCGAAGCAACACAUCUCGUCGAUCCAUUUCAACUACCCCAAUUCAUCCCAGAUACAGCACACAUCUACCAAAGACCGUGUCAUCGCAAUGGCUCUUCGGAACAAGACAGUCAUCCACCGCUGCAGCCCCCUCCGAUCCGCCGUCGAAUACCGACUCUAUUGAGGCUAUCAACGUCCUCAUUGACCGCAUCAACGAAAACGAUGAUGAUAUGGCAAAGCUGAUGGAGGAGCUGGAGCUGAUAGAAGGCGAUGAAGUCCUGGAAGAACUACCCGAUCCCCUCGAUGGCCAAGAGUACACACCGGAGGCGUGGGUGGAAAUGGUGCGACAACAAUUCGGAGACGCAAUCCCUGACGGUGUCCUGAAUGACGAGGAACUUCAACUUUUCACCCGACUUUACGGAGAGCCGAUUAUUCAGGAAAUCGUUGAAGAAGUUCCCGCCGAGGAAGACGAGAAGGAGCCUGACCGCUUGCUCCGAGAGGAUCACGAAGGCCGCUGGGAGGAAAUCGAGUACGAGCAGAACGCAGAGGCCGAGGAUGAUAUCCCCGUCGUCUACGACAUGGAAGCAGGCGCUGAGGAGGUCGAGACAAUUGCGAUGCGACGCACGCGCGAAGUGGCGGAGCAGCUGGGCGGCGAGAUCAUGCUGGAGCAAUUUGAGAAUGAAGCCGUCCCAGAUUCUGCGCCGCGGGCUCAUCCCCUAACUCGGGAAGGCAAAUUUACAACGGACCCAAGUACUAUCCAUCUACCGAAGAAAACCGUCACCGGCCCUAUCUCGAUCAUUCUCUCGGAGUUCUCCAACAAGCAUAUCGCCGACACUGCUCGUCGGUUAUUUGGAGGUCCAGGAUUGCCUCAUUCUACAACAACACCCCCUCCACGCGCGCAGCUACCACAGUUGCCAAUCCCUCUUCAUGCGGGGCAGCAUCAUAUGGCUGAGAUGGAAGCCAAUGCCUACAUUGCUGUGCUUUACCCCGGAAUCUAUGCCUCCACCCUCAGCGUUUUGGUUGAGGUGCGGAAACGCCUAGGAACCGACUGGAUCCGUCAGCUCAUCUCUCAAGAGGGCGGCCCUAAUGUUCUCGAUGCAAGUGGUGGUGGUGCUGGUAUACUAGCUUGGAGGGACAUUGUCCGUGCUGAAUAUGAACUCAUGGUCCCGGAUCACCCAGAGGGAGCUCCCAUUCCAUAUGGAAGAUCCACUGUCUUGACGGGUUCUGAGACCCUACGGCUGCGCGCAAGUGCCAUGCUUGAUAACACCAGCUUCCUUCCCCGAUUGCCUGAUUAUAUCCACGUGCGAGAGAAGCCAACGCUAGACGACACGCGUGUUGUGCAGAAGCGUAAGCAGUACGACAUUAUCAUCGCGCCGCACACUCUUCUCGGAUUCGAAGAAGAAUACCAGCGAAAGGAACACGUCCAGAACCUCUGGGCGCUCCUCAACCCCAAUGGUGGUGUUCUUAUCCUACUCGAAAAGGGCCGUCAAAAGGGUUUCGAGGCCAUUGCUGGCGCCCGUGAGAUGCUUCUGAAGCGCUAUAUCGCCAGCCCUGGCUCCACGGAGUAUGAAAAAACAUUCGACUCGCGCGGUGAAACCACGACGAUUCCCAAGGAACCUGGCAUGAUCAUUGCUCCCUGCACAAACCAUUCCACCUGCCCGAUGCACAACCCAGCAGGCCCGACCAAGGGCCGCAGGGACUACUGUCAUUUCGAGCAGCGAUACAUCCGUCCGGCCUUCUUGCAGCGGAUCAUGGGUGCCAAGGACCGCAACCACGAAGAUGUCAAGUACAGCUACCUCGCCGUACAGCGCGGCGUGGACAUGCGUCAGGAACGGGGUAUUGGCCAGGGUGCCGAAGCAACAGAUGCCGCAUUUGAAGGUUUCGAGCACAUUGACGAAUCCGACGGCUCAGCUCCCCACCCACUCUCACUCCCCCGUGCCGUCUACCCGCCUCUCAAGCGUCGCGGACACGUUAUUUUCGACCUCUGCACCCCAGCCGGUAAGAUCGAGCGCUGGACCGUCCCGCGCUCCUACAGCCGGCAGGCCUACCGUGAUGCGCGCAAGUCCAACUGGGGUGACCUGUGGGCUUUGGGCGCGAAGACCCGAAUUCCGCGCAAGCUGAACCUGGGUGAUAAGCACGGCGAGGGCAAGAAAGAACGUCUUGCUCGACGAGCGGCUGCCAAGGCCGAAUCGCGUGAGGCUGAUGAAGAGGGCGACUUCGACGAACUUGACCCGGAAGAGGACGAGGCUGGUGAUGAGAUCAUGGAAGACGGAGAUGAUCGUUCGGGUCUCCCUCGGACCCCUGCUCGUAAGAGGGGCCAGAAUAUCCCGAGCUGGAAGAAGCAUGCAGAUAAGAAGAAGCUUCGACAGGCCGUGAAGCGACGAGAUGCUGCAGAGGAUGCUCUUUAG